AUGAAACGACCCAGUACAACGGACCCGAGUGUUUCCAUUACAUUUGGAGUUUACAAGCUUGAAGGAAGAAAUACGGAGGUUGCCGAAGGACGCUGCUACAACCUGCAUCAUUUGGACGAUAGCGAGAAUCCCAUGGACGCAUUGGCGCAUUUGACAGCAUGGCUUUCCUACGUGCAAGGGAAGACUGAUCACAGCUGGAGCGACGGUGACUACGUGUUUCCGGCGCUGUCAAAAGUGGCUAAAAGUGUGCUGAAGUCCGACACUGCAUCCACCGGUUGUGAAAAUGCGCGUGUAGAAUGGGGUAAGAAGAUGUCUGAGCAGGCAUUCAUCACCCUUCUCAACUGUGUUGUGCGAGAUCUGAAUCGAAACGGGAAAUCGACUCGUGGCUACGUCAAGCAGGAGUGGCGUGAUAUCUGGUUCACAUCUCACACGUUUCGUCGAGGUGGUGCGCAAUACAGGUUCAUGUUUGCUGUUCCCGAGCGUCGGUGGUCACUGCGCAUGGUGAAGUGGUGGGCGGGAUGGACCCCAAAUGAGUCGGCCGAGACGCUUGUACGCUAUCUACUGGACCAAGCGGCUAAUGACGAAGACAAACAAUUAGCGGACUGCUUAGCGCCGGAUCGCGAAGCGCACUCGGGAUGUCCUACCACGUACUCAGGUCGGAAGCGUAACCUAACGAUUCCUGUCCGACAGCCCCAUCGGCCGGUGCCAUCGAAAAGCGGCUGA